CAGCGAUGCUCAUAGCUGCUUCUGUUACGGUAAACAGGGCAAGCGCGUGGAAGACUUAAUGUCAAGGAAAGCUGUUAACCAGACAGGAAUGUGUCAGAACAUGAUGAAAAGGAGGUUAAGUGUUUCAAACUGGUGUCAAAACAGGAAGCUGGCCUAACAGAUACUCCCCUGCCAGACGUCCAGUAUGACUGAGGGGGUGGAGGGCCUCCAGAUGCCGGCUCAAAGGCCCCAGCACAGGCCCAGCACAGGGGACACGGUUGUCCUCAGGCGGGGCAGCACAGAGGCAGCCCAGGGCCCUAGGGAUCCAGAGUCCCGGUGCUCUCAGACGCUGGAUGGAGAGGAACAAGGGACCAUGAGGAGCACCGACAGUGGUUCAGAUGAGCGGAAGGAUCCGGCAGAGCUGAGGGGGUUCCCCGUGGACUGUCCGGAAGGGCAGGAGGAUGGGGUGACUAAGCACGGCCAACAGGUGGCCCCAGACGGAGGCUGGGGUUGGGUGGUGCUGGUGGGUACCGUCUUGGUCCUGGCUCUAACACUGGCCUUUCCCUCCUGCCUUGGCAUCUUCUUCACUGAGCUGCAGACCGAGUUUAACACCAGCAACACAGAGACGUCCUGGGUGCCAGCUAUCAUGACUGCAGUGCUGCAUGCAGGCGGUCCCCUCUGCAGCGUGCUCGUGGAAAGUUUCGGUUGCCGAGCGACAGUGAUGGUGGGCGGGUUACUGAGUGGGCUGGGAAUGGUGGUCAGUGCCUUGGCCAGAACCAUCACAGAGUUGUACAUCACUGCCAUCAUCACAGGGUUGGGGUUCUGCCUGUCAUUCCAGCCCUCUGUGACGAUGAUGGGACACUACUUUGUGCGCCGCCGUGUCUUUGCCAACGCCUUGUCGUCCACCGGAACAGCACUGGGCCUGAGCACCCUGCCGCUGCUGUCCAACUAUCUGCUCAGCCAGUUUGGCUGGCGGGGAAGCUUCCUGGUCCUGGGAGGGAUGCUUUUCAACUGCUGUGUGUGCGGGGCUGUGAUGAGGCCUCUGACCGCCAGACCACGACCAACCAAACGGAAAUCCUCCGCGUGGCCCGCCGACCCAGCCAAUCAGCUUCGGGAGAGGGAGGGGCUGAAGGUUCGGCUGAGGACCACCUUCUCUGACCUCAUGGCCUUCCUGAGGCACCACAUGGCCUUUGACCUGCUGGUCAGCAACGUCCGCUACCGUGCCUACGCCCUGGGGGUGACCUGGAUGAUGCUGGGCUUCGUGGUGCCCCUGAUCUUCCUGGUCCCCUAUGCCACUGACCACGGCAUGGCGCAGGACCGCGCUGCUCUGCUCAUGUCCAUCCUGGGCCUGGUCAACAUCGCCGUGAGGCCCGUGGUGGCCCUGCUCCUAUGCCUGCCCCGGUUCCAGGGCGGCGGCUGCUUCGGGUACGUGUUUGCCGCGGCCGUGCUGGUGAACGGGCUCAGCAACGCCGUGUGCGGGGCGUCGGCCAGCUUCCCGGUGCUCGUGGCGUACGUGGUGCUCUUCGGCCUGUCCAUGAGCGUGAUCGGCUCGCUGCUGUUCACCGUGCUGAUGGAGACGGUGGAGAUGAGCCGCUUCCCCUCCGCCCUGGGGCUCAUAAGCAUGCUGGAGAGCGGCAUGCUGCUGGUGGGGCCGCCUCUCGCAGGCAUUUUGGUGGACAGCACUGGCCAGUACUCGUACGUCUUCUACGCCUGCUGUGUGUGUGUGUCCUCAGCUGGUCUCUUUCUCAUGGCCUCUUUCUACUGGCUGGACAGACAAGAUAAGAAGAAGAAGACCAAACUGUCGGCCCCUGCUCAUCCACAGAAGCCUGCUCUCAUCCUGGCCCCUGACUGCCAGUAUAGCCAUAUACAUUCACAAGCAGGGAAAGCAUCAGACACGGUUUAUGUCACCAAUGUGUGACAAACCGACGCACACACUGUACACUGUACACUGUACAGUAUCAACACCUCAGUGGUGUAUGAUUCAAGUACAGUCGAGAUACAUUACAUUUUACAUUUAUAUUUAGUCAUUUAGCAGACGCUCUUAUCCAGAGCGACUUACAGUAAGUACAGGGACAUUUUCUCUGAGGCAAGUAGGGCGAAGUGCCUUGCCCAAGGACACAACGUCAUUUUGCACAGCCGAGAAUCGAACCGGCAACCUUCUGAUACCUUACUAGGUCGCUAGGGAACUAAGUUACAAGUCACCCAUUACAAUACCGCUUGAAUAAGUGUUUGAGUAUCGGAAUUUAACAGUAUUUAAGUAUCAAAAGAUACACGCAACACAACACGGAUGUCCACAGAGUUUGUUUUCGCAAUGAAACAUCCAUCACCUCGCAAUUAUACUUUACAUUUCUAAUAUAGAGGCCGACAAAAGAGUGACACUUCCUGAUUCACUUGCACUGAUAUAGGAAAAAUUAAAUCGGAAAAAGAAAGAAAAUAGUUUUGUAUUUUCAAGUACGGUGGUGUUAUAAUAAGUAGGCUAAGUACUAAGCUGUACCAAAGAUACUUUUGGCACAUAAGGCCUCGUAGCCCAGACACACCUCAGACGUUCAGUUACCUUCACCACCCCUUUAUAAGAAUAAUGACCAGUUCAGACACACUGUUGUAUUAGCAAAGUCAGGGGACGGAUUUUACAGUGAAUAGAGAAAACAAAGAUAACGUAGCCAACACUUGUUCAUUAUUCAAUCAGGCGGAUACAACAUCAUCAUAGCAUCAUAGGACUCCUAGAAGCUAAGCCUGACUACUGGUAGUAGCUGCACAGGGCUGUCAUUGAUACCCAAUAUUGAUUACAGUAAGAACACACGAGUCAUAAGAUACAAUGAUAAUAAGGCCAUAGCUAAUUAACUGAUUGUAUUUCAUAUAAGCACAUGAUGUAUUAUGUAUGAGAUGUUGAGGCAUUGAUAACAGUAUGUGUGUGCAUACAUGCACACCGCAUGGUUUACACUGUGGACCUGGAAGGCACAUGUUCAGUCACAUGCCUAAAGCUCCUCCCCUCGUGUUCCCAUAUUUAUCUAUCUCUCUAUUUCUGUCUAUAGACAGGGAGUUGUUCCUGUUGUUUUUCAGCUUCUGCCCACAGGUCAUAGAACUACUGAACAUUCCUCUAUCUAUUCACGACAGUAAUGCUGUUUAAGAUGGUCAAAAUGACAGUAAAUCCCCUAAAUCUAAAAUGUUGAACUGAAAAUCCACAUUGAUGGGAAUAUUAGAUUUGAUUUUCUAAUUUAUGUUGGCCAUAUCCUGUGAAAUGGUGUCGAUAUGUGUUAGAAUAUGUGUCAUUUGAAAGCAUUUCAUAGUAUGUUCAUUCAUGAGUUGUCGGUUAGGAACACUGCAGUAUUACAAACUAUGUAUUAGGGUAUAAGUGCACUCAGAAAAAAUGAUUGGAAUCAUGGCCUUGUGCUAUGAAUAUAGAAUGUAGAAUGUUUAAUGAAUGUAUUCCUCAGUAAGUUGUAUAGAUGGAUUCAUAUAAAUGAAGUGGUAGCCUUAUGUAAAGAAAAGGACAGAAAUGUUUUUGGUCUUAGUUAUAACUUAUUCUUGAAUACUUUAACAAUGUUCCAUCUAAAAUGUUUGCACAGUAUUAAAACUGUUUUUA